AUGUCGGCAGAUGACGAAACUAGUAACGCAAUAAAAAAAAUAGCAGGGUCAGCUGUGGCUAUGAUCGGAGGGAAUCUGCGCUUCGGACCGGCUGGCGCUACAAACUCGUCGAUCGCCAAUAAUACAAGGCACUGUCCGCCAGGAGGUGCAGCAAGCGCCGCAGCCUUGCUUGCACUGUCCAGCUUAGGAAUGUCAGCAAAUUUGGCGCUGAUGGCGGUCAUACUAAGCAAAAAGCAGUUAAGGAGAUGGUCGCACGGUCUUCUCUUCCAUCAAGCAGUAGUGGAUUGCGCGCGCGCAGCAAUAUUGCUACCACUUGGCAUCGCCGUGUUCCGCUGCCAGCCUGUCUACAAGUGUUCACUUGUUGAAACUGCUUUUUUGCUACUGGUGACCGUAUCAACAGUGAACAUGCUCACUACAGUGCUCAAUGACAGUCCUAUUUUUCCUGAAAAUGAGGAGGAGCAAGCUGAUUUAACAGCUCCAUUAUUGAUGGAUAGCCCACAGUGCGUCCUUUUUGGUACAUUCAUGAUCUGGUUCGCAUCGAUCACAAUUAACCUAGGACCUACAUUCUUAUCGGGGGCUUUAGCUGCUAGUGCCGGUUCUUAUUCGUCAUACGGACCGUCUCCAUCAUGUCCUUUAGUCCGAGGGCCCUUCAGGCAUUACGUGCUUAACGCCCUCUGGAUAGGCGUUAACGCUGUCUGCGUUGGAUUGACACUUUUUCACUUGAAAAAACUCCAUCGGGACCUUACUAAGGCUAACGUAGAAGCAGUCCGAGUAGCUGGUUUAGUCACCACGCUUGUCAGCAUGGCAGGGGACAACAGGCGGAUGGAUUCACUGCCAAACAGCGUUGGACCCAGGACUGUCGAUGGAACUCUGUCAGAUGGCCGCCCAUCGUGUAGUGCUAACUUGCCACUAGGAGGGGGCCGUCGUCUACGAGGUUAUUUAGCUCGAGUCGAAAGGGAAGGUGUACGACGAGUUCGCAUGUUUGUGGUCAUUACCGCGGCCUAUAUACUAUUUUGGGGCCCCCUGUUCAUAAUCACGUUACUUCACCACCCGGCUCUUACGUCACAUAUUGCUUAUGAAAUGUACUUCCAAAUCACUCUACAUAUCUCAUACGUGCAUGCGGCAGUAAAUCCACUGCUGUUUAUGGCUUUGCACCGAGCAUUGCGUCGAGCGGCGUUACAGUUGUGCUGCGGCUGUUGUGUGCACUGGAGUCAAUUCGUGCUAGCAUUGACUGCGGCUGCGCAAUCGCCACUAGCGCCAUCGUCCUUUUCACCAGCAGCGGUGUCUCCUGAGCCACCGCCUGCUCCACCACCUCCGAUGGCUCCUCCCACCCUUGCGCCACCCGGCCCUCCUGCGCCACACACGAUGAUGAGUUGGGAAGUUGAGGAGUGUGAUGCUGAGAGUAUGUCGAGUGCGCGUGUGCAGGGAGACGAGGAUAUGAUGGGGGAGGCGUGGAGCGGCAGCGUGCGGCGGGUGCCGCGCUCGCCGAGCCCGCUGCUGCCCGCGAUAUGA